AUGAAUAAUAUCAAUUUCAUCAAUACUAUCAAUUACAUCAAUAACGGUAUUGCCAUCAAUAACAUCAAUAACGGCAUUGAUAUCAAUAACAUCAAUAACGGCAUUGAUAUCAAUAACAUCAAUAACGGUAUUGCCAUCAAUUACAUCAAUAACGGCAUUGAUAUCAAUAACAUCAAUAACGGUAUUGCCAUCAAUUACAUCAAUAACGACAUUGACAUCAAUUACAUCAAUAACGGUAUUGACAUCAAUAACGACAUUGACAUCAAUUACAUCAAUAACGACAUUGACAUCAAUUACAUCAAUAACGGCAUCGGCAUCAAUUACAUCAAUAACGGCAUUGACAUCAAUUACAUCAAUAACGACAUUGACAUCAAUUACAUAAAUAACGGCAUUGACAUCAAUUACAUCAAUAACGACAUUGACAUCAAUUACAUCAAUAACGGUAUUGACAUCAAUAACGACAUUGACAUCAAUUACAUCAAUAACGACAUUGACAUCAAUUACAUCAAUAACGGCAUCGGCAUCAAUUACAUCAAUAACGGCAUUGACAUCAAUUACAUCAAUAACGGCAUUGAUAUCAAUUACAUCAAUAACGACAUUGACACCAAUUACAUCAAUAACGGCAUCGACAUCAAUUACAUCAAUAACGGCAUUGACAUCAUUUACAUCAAUAACGACAUUGACAUCAAUUACAUCAAUAACGGUAUUGACAUCAAUAACGACAUUGACAUCAAUUACAUCAAUAACGGCAUUGACAUCAAUUACAUCAAUAACGGCAUUGAUAUCAAUUACAUCAAUAACGACAUUGACACCAAUUACAUCAAUAACGGCAUCGACAUCAAUUACAUCAAUAACGGCAUUGACAUCAUUUACAUCAAUAACGACAUUGACAUCAAUUACAUCAAUAACGGCAUUGACAUCAAUUACAUCAAUAACGGCAUUGACAUCAAUUACAUAAAUAACGGCAUUGACAUCAAUUACAUCAAUAACGACAUUGACAUCAAUUACAUCAAUAACGGUAUUGACAUCAAUAACGACAUUGACAUCAAUUACAUCAAUAACGGCAUUGACAUCAAUUACAUCAAUAACGACAUUGACAUCAAUUACAUCAAUAACGGCAUCGGCAUCAAUUACAUCAAUAACGACAUUGACAUCAAUUACAUCAAUAACGGCAUUGACAUCAAUUACAUCAAUAACGGCAUUGAUAUCAAUUACAUCAAUAACGACAUUGACACCAAUUACAUCAAUAACGGCAUCGACAUCAAUUACAUCAAUAACGACAUUGACACCAAUUACAUCAAUAACGGCAUUGACAUCAAUUACAUCAAUAACGGCAUUGCCAUCAAUUACAUCAAUAACGGCAUUGACAUCAAUUACAUCAAUAACGACAUUGACAUCAAUUACAUCAAUAGCGGCACUGACAUCAAUUACAUCAAUAACAACAUUGACAUCAAUUACAUCAAUAACGACAUUGACACCAAUUACAUCAAUAUCGACAUUGACAUCAAUUACAUCAAUAACGGCAUUGACAUCAAUUACAUCAAUAACGACAUUGACAUCAAUUACAUCAAUAACGGUAUUGACAUCAAUUACAUCAAUAGCGGCACUGACAUCAAUUACAUCAAGUGUAUCAAUUACAUCAAAUACAACUCGGCAGUCAUGGUUGACUAA